CAGAUCUGCUGCUGUUGUGGUCCUUCUCCAUGCUCUCUCUGCUGCUUUUUCUGCCCAGCCAUAAGAGUAUCGACUGGGACUCGGCUGAUGUAUACUCUGUUUCAUAUCAUUGCCUCGGUACUCUGCUGCGUCAUGCUUUCCCGCACUGUCUCUGAAGCUGUCAAGGAAAAUGUGCCAUUCUAUGGUGUAAUCUGUGAGCACCUGCAAGGGAAGCUGGACUGUGAUGUCUUGGUCGGUUAUUCAGCAGUAUAUCGGGUAUGCUUUGGCAUGGCCUGCUUUUUCUUUCUUCAGGGCUGCUUCCUUAUCAGCAUUAAAUCCAGUCAGGACUUCCGUGCUCUCAUCCACAAUGGGUUUUGGUUACUCAAGCUCCUGACUCUAAUUGGAAUGUGUGCAGCAGCUUUUUUCUUUCCAGAUGAAACCUUCAUCCAUGUUUGGCACUACAUUGGUGUGGUAGGAGGCUUUACCUUCAUCCUAAUUCAGUUGGUACUGAUUACAGCAUUUGCUCACACCUGGAACAAGAACUGGUUAACAGGAGCUGCUAAGGACAAACGCUGGUACUUAGCUGUGGUGACGACUACACUUGUGUUUUAUGGAAUUGCCUCAUCAGCUCUGUCUUUCAUGUACAAAUACUACACUCAUCCUGCUGGCUGUAUGUACAACAAGGUCCUCCUCUUUAUCAAUGGCAGCCUAUGUGUGGUGAUGUCAUCUAUCUCACUUACUCCCUGUGUACGACAGAAUGCGCACCGAUCGGGCUUACUGCAGUCAUCUAUCAUCAGUUGCUACAUAAUGUAUCUGACAUUCUCUGCUCUCUCUAGUCGUCCACCAGAGAGAGUGGAAUACAAAGGGCAGAACCUGACAGUGUGCUUCCCCAGCAUAGGCAAGGAUGGACUGCAGACAGAGGAUACAACAGUGGCUAUAAUAGGUGCCAGCAUCAUGUACUGCUGUGUUCUGCUGGCAUGCAAUGAGGCCUCUUACCUUGCUGAAAUGUUUGGUCCUUUGUGGAUGAUCAGAGUCUAUGGAUAUGAGUUUAAGAAAGCCUCUUGCUGUUUUUGCUGCCCAGAAGAAGAAUAUGAAGAUCCUGUUUACGAGAUGGACAGCAAUGCCAAAGGAGGACAAAUGGUAAUCCAUAAUGAACAGCAACAUGUUGCUUACAGCUACUCCUACUUCCACUUUGUGUUCUUCCUUGCCUCCCUUUACGUCAUGAUGACCCUCACAAAUUGGUUUAGUUAUAAGAAUGCCAUCUUGGAAACCACCUUUACCCACGGCAGCUGGUCGACUUUUUGGGUGAAAGUUGCAUCAUGCUGGGCAUGUGUCCUUCUUUAUUUAUUAAUCCUCCUUCUGCCUUCUUGCUUGUCUUCAGAAUCAGAUCAUCGCCGGUCACGUGUAAUCAGAAGGCACCCUCUGCAGAGAGGCUGCAGCCCUGGGUAG